CUGUCAAAACUGUUUUAAUUUUCAAAUUAAUUAACUCUUAAAGGUCUUCGGGAAUAUUUGUAGUACUUGUAUUUUCUUAAUGUAGUUAAAAAAUAAAGUUAUAGCCAUAGAUGUGGACUUUUUUGGAACUAAAUUUAGCAUGCUAGCUAUGUUAGCUGGUAAUAGUAACGAGCUGUUUUCUGUUCCAUGAUGUGGUUUCAGAUGCGUAAUAUUUAACACUAAUAUCUAAUGUACGUUACCUUAACAACAUCAAAUGCAUAAGAAUGUUGUAUUUUGCCCAGCUGAAUUUUGAUCGGUGGAUCUUUGAUCCAUUCGCAAACAGAAGCUCAAAAUAAGUACCAUGAGUUUAUGGAUUUGUAAAUUAACAUAACUUAAUUCAUUCGCGGAAGUUCAUUUGAGUACCAUGGUACAUGCGUUUUAAUAACGUGAUGUUUAUGUAUUUACCGUUUUAUAAAAUCAUUGAGGUAUUCUUAGAAAUGCCUUUACAUAACGUUAUAUAUGGUAAUAAAAUGGCGUAGUGAUCCUAUCAAAGAGUACUAUGUAAAUACCAAAGGUUGUAUGGUAAUUAUCAAAGUACUAUGGUAUUACUGUGUUUGAUGACAUCAAAUCUGUUCCAUGGUUCUUUGAUAUUUACCAUAUGAAUUAUUAUUACCAUACAACCCAUGGUAUUUACGGUACUCUAUGAUAGAAUCACUAACGUUACGCCAUUUUAUUACCAUGGCAAUUUACGUUAUGUAAAUGCGAAGAAUACCUCAAUGUUAGUAUAAGACGGUGAGUAAGUACAUACAUGACAAUUAGCCUACUAAUUAUUACCAUGACCCCUAUGGUAAAUAUAUGGUGGUGUGAUUCGACCGUAAACUGUCAUGUAAAUACUAUAGGUGAUAUCAUAUGGUAAUAAAGCAUAUGGAUAAUAGUACGUGCUAUUGUCUAUCGUUACAAACAUUACUAUGGCAGAACCAGAUUACACGUAUGGUAUAAUCAGACCAGUAAUACCAUAGUACUUUUAUAUACUAUAGGAAUUAUUACCAUCUAUGUAAUGUGGUUCUGCAAUAUUGUAAUGUUUGUAACUAGACAAUAGCAUAUUUUAUAAUAGCAAUAACAUUUUUUUCAAUAGCAACUUCAAAUUCCAUUUUUUGCUGAAAGCAGCCAGUUCCAUUUUAUUUGGUAUUGCUGUUGUAUCUGACAAUUAGUUCUAAUCAAAUGAAUCAAGCUAAUCAAUUAGAUUUUAGGCUCAACAGCUUCUCUCUGAGCAGGUCCUCCUGGCGUCCCUCAUCUUUCAGGUAACUAGCUCACCUUUGGUCUCCAAGGCAACAGUCGCUCACCUUGCACGGCAUCAGGGGACAGUCUGCGAAAGCGGCCUGCUCAUGAGAGCGAUCCAGAAGAUGAGGCUAAAAGCAAUCCAGCUCCCCCGAAAAUGUUUAAAUCGGGGUUUAGCAUGACUGCGAAGAAGCCUACGUCCAUCUCUAUCAAGCUUGGAGCUAGUAAACCUAAAGAACCCACACCUGCCUUACCCGCCAAGAAAGCUGGACUUGCAUCUGUUUUUAACGAGGAUGAUGAUAGCGAGCCUGAAGAAAUGCCACCUGAAGCAAAGAUGAGGAUGAAGAAUAUUGGCAGAGAAACGCCCACAUCAGCUGGACCCAAUUCCUUCAACAAAGGAAAGCAGGGGUUCUCAGACCAUCAGAAACUUUGGGAGAGGAAGCUCAAAUCCCACACAGACAAGUAGUGUCUGGCUUCUUCAAUAGCUUGCUUUUUGGGAUAUUGGUCCUAUCUGUCUUUGUUUGACAAACAUUGUACAAAUGUAUAUAUGUAAUGAAUGUUUAUGCUAUCAAGCAUCUUUUUAUUGUAGUUAUUUAGUUUAGUUGUUUUUUUUAACCAUGCUGUGGUUAAAAUUGCCUUCCUGUGUAAGGUGUAAAUCACAACAGAGAAAAUGCGCAUAAUCGUUAUUGCUGUACAAUGGUAUGUGCCGCUCUGACCCCUGUUAUCAUUUGCCUAUAGUUUAGUUGUUCCCCAGAGAAGGAAUGUAGUUGUCCAGUCAUUUAGAUUUAAGUUUCUUUCAAAAGCAAUGAAAGAAGACUCUGUAGUUUAUAAAGUCACUAAUAAAGGAGAGAUGUAGUGUGUGA